AUGUCUAGAAGUCAGUUUGGACAGGGACAGAAACCUCUAGACAUGUUUUUCUGGGUGAAUGAGAUAAGUGGAGAAAUCACCUACCCGCUGCAGAAGGCAGAUGCACCUGCGGUUUCUCCCGAGAGCCCACAAGAGAAGCCCCCAUCUCAGCCCAGGAGUGCACAGGGGGCCCCUGGCAGUCCCCAGGGCCCGCCUGCACAGAGGCCUGCCCCUGCACCUCCACCUAAGGCUUCUCCGAAAGACUCGGGCGCAAGAAACCCCCACUCAUCUGCGCCGACCUGGGCCAGGCCAAUGCCGGAGGAGGGAGGAGCCCCCACCAUUCUCAGCAAUCCCUGUCACCAUCUCAUCACCAGGAGGGACUCUGCCCAUACUAGGGCCCCUGGGACCAGCCCCUCAGCCACCGGUCUCCACCUUUCCUGUCAGCCCUUCUGCCCCCUAGGCCUUCAGCUGCAAGCUGAAAAAUGUCCCUACUAA